AUGAGGAAGCUUUGUCCGAAUUUGGACAGGGAAGAUGGGCUAGAGACGGUGUUAGAGGUUCCGGUGCCGGAAGAAAUGUUUACGAAGAUGGGAAGCAACGCUACGGGACGGUGGAGGAAUAUGCACACUCUCAUGAAGGCACACGCCGUCGUGACCGCAGUCGCUGCUGACGUCAGAACGCCCGCAUCUUCAUCGUCGAUGAGUAAUGUCAAUAUGCAUUUGCAGUCAAAAUCAGACAACGAGUUUGUGGCGUUGUUGAAGAUCGUGGGAAGCCCUCUUAUUCCUUUUCACGUCCCUCUUGAGUUCUGUCUCUCCCGACCCAUCAAUGACACUUCCAUCGAGGCAUCGACGGCUAAGUACAUAGUACAGCAAUACGUGGCGGCGUGUGGAGGACCAGCCGCUUUAAACGCGGUAAAGAGCAUGUACGCGGUGGGGCAAGUGAGAAUGCAAGGCUCCGAGAUGGUUGCUGGUGAGGACGAAGGAACAACGACUACGCCAGUACGGCUAGGAAAAGGCAAUUUCGAGGUCGGAGGUUUUGUCUUAUGGCAGAAGAAUCCAAACCUUUGGUUCUUGGAGCUGGUUGUUUCCGGUUUCAAGAUCAGCGCCGGUAGUGACGGCAAGGUUGCUUGGAACCAAUCAUCAACCCAACCUUCUCAGGCCCACCGUGGCCCUCCUCGCCCUCUCCGCCGGUUUUUUCAGGGACUAGACCCAAGGUGCACGGCGAGUCUAUUCCUAGACGCCGUAUGCAUCGGCGAACAGAGCGUUAACGGCGAUGACUGUUUCGUCCUAAAGCUGGAGACUCCGGCAGAUAUUCUCAAGGCGCAGUGUUCGCCGAACACGGAGGUGAUCCACCACACGGUGUGGGGAUACUUCAGCCAACGGACGGGACUACUCGUCAAGUUCGGCGACACAAAGCUCGUUCGAGUCAAAUCAGUUAGAGGCAAAAGCGACGGCGUUUUCUGGGAGACAAGCAUGGAGUCAACCAUCGACGAUUACAAUUUCGUUGACUCUGUCAACAUCGCACACGGCGGUCGAACGUUGACAACGCUGUAUCGCUACGGCGGUGCGGUUAAUCACCGGAGACGAAUCGAGGAGAAAUGGCGAAUCGAGGAAGUCGAUUUUAAUAUCUGUGGACUGUGUUUGGAGAGCUUUUUGCCACCGUCGGAUAUCAACAAUGAUCACUAG